AGUAUGAAGUUACAUAGUAUCAUCUAAAUAAUACAGAAUACAGAUGGUGAAAACAUGUUGACUCUCAUAGGUACAGCAGAGUUGCCUGUAGGUGACAACAGGUUUUGGAAGUACAUGGAUAUAUGGAUCUCCAAGCCAUUCUUCUACUUGCGCAACUGCGGCGGUGUUGAGUUUAUAUUCCUCAACUUCGAGCCUUACUUCUGCUCGGAUUUCAUCAGGAAGUUGCAAGCCGAAAAGGAAAACAUCACGAGCUACAACGAUCUCAGGGAUCGCAUCAAGUGCAUCGAGGCUCAGCUCAUUACUCGCGAGGCCUCCGUCGCCAACUUGGCUACGAACAUCUCCACCCAGAGAUAUCUCAUGGUCAGAAUCGCAUAUCUUAAAAAUGGCCUCUAUUGUCCUGAUCUCGUCGAAACAAUAAAUUGCAAUUUCCUGAAGAAUCAAGUAAUCUUCACAAAAGCGUUGAAGAAAUAUCAGUCGUAUAAGGAACUGCACUGCUAUGAGGUGGGACUUAACAGAAACACCAUAGAGUUCUAUGUGCCGGAUUUUUACGCUGACUGCGAAGAAAUGAAAAGGCUUUGUAAAAUAAUGUGCACCAAGGUCAGACUUUGGAAAUCGCAGGAUAUAAGCAACCAUCAGCAGAUCACCACUCAUAAACUCGUACAGCCUGAGCCUUACAUAGAGCUAUACAACAGGCUAAAGAAGAAAUAUGCAGAACCUGUUAUGAAGAUGUGGACAGAAUCAACAGAUCCUAAAAAGGCAAUUCAUCAGGCUAUAUCUAUUGCAACAUACCUUAUACUUAUCUGGGGAGAGAAGCGUCAAACUUUCAUCGAUCUUGGGUGUGGAACAGGCCUUCUCGUUCAUAUACUCAACAGUGAGAAUCACAAAGGAAAAGGGUUGGAUGUCCGUUCAAGGAAAAUUUGGGCAUUAUACCCACCAACUACUGUGCUUGAAGAAUCAACGAUUUCCCCUACAGAUGUUUAUCCAGGUGUUGACUGGUUGAUUGGAAACCACUCGGAUGAAUUGACACCCCUCAUACCACCAAUGGCUGCUAAGAGUUCGUUCAGGACAAAUUUCUUCUUACUGCCAUGCUGUACAUAUGAUUUCAAUGGCAAGAAGUAUCAACGGUUCGACGUCGAGCAAAGCCAGUACAGGAGUUAUCUAGACUAUAUUGAGAAAGUGUGUGAAAAGUGCGGUUUUGUAGUAGCCAGAGAUAGAAUGAAGAUACCGUCGACAAAAAGGAUCUGCUUUGUGAGCCAGGGGAGGAAUUACAAAGAAGAAGAACAUGAAGAAAACGUUAAAACAGUUGAUGAGCUUUUGAAGGAGAAAUGUCAAAAGUUCGAUGAAAAUAGUGGCACCUGGGUAACCGACGUGAAAUCGCGUGAGGCCAAAGAAAAGGUCAGAAACUGCACGCAGCUCGAUAAAAAUCUAGUCAACGACAUCGUUUUAAAAGUGGCACAAAUGAUCCUAGAAUCCCCACGCGCCGAUUCGUCCUGGAAUGAAGGGAAUUUUAUCUCCAUUCGAGAAAUUAUAAAAAGUAUUCCUCCAGAGUGGUUGGCCAAGCUCAAAAACGAAUGUGGUGGACUUCAGACUUUGUUGAGGAAUCAGCACUUUUUAUUUUUGAUCGUUAAGGGUGAAGUGAAGUUCCGGAAGCCCGUAGAGAAAAACCCUCGUCCAACCACCUGGAAGCAGAAGCAGUGUUGGUUUUUUAAGAACCACCCUCAGUCCUGUCCUUUAGAUGAUGAUAAAUGUUCCUUCAUACACGAAAAAUGAUUUUUUUUUUCUAUCUAAAGAAAAGAAAAACUGUAUAAUAUUCUUACAAUGUUUAUAC